AUGAAAUAAAGAAGGUUUAUUCAGAAAAAUUAGGCUACUUUUACUCAUUUUGUAAGCGUACCUUUGAUUUUAUAACCUACUUAAGGAAAACUUUAGAAAUUGAUGGAUGAAAUUCAUAAAAAAUACAAUUAUGAUUAAUCAAUGAAUCCAAAUAAUCCAUUUUUAUUUCAUAUAACUAUAUCAAUGCUAGGAUUAUAGAAUUAAGAAAAAAUAAAUAAAGCUAAAUAAAUAUUCUCAGAUAAUGAGUAAAACAUAAAAAACUAUGUAAAAAAUGUUUCAAUAAGACUCAAAGGUUUAGGUUGUUUUCAAAAUCGAUUAAAUCAAUAAAAUAAAUAUUAAAAGAGAGGACCUUAUGAAGAUUUAAAUAUCAUUUAUUUAAAUGUUGAUGAAACUCCUCUACUACCUGUCUCAGAUUUCAUAAUAAGACAAUUUUUAUAAGCAUAAAUCUUUGAUUCAGAUGAUUUAAAAUCUAUGAAUUUAAUGAUUGAUUAAUAAUCAAAAAUGUUUAGAGCAGAGAAAUUUCAUAUAACUUUAUUUAGAAUGAAAGAUUGCAAAAUAAAUUUUUAACAAUUAUUUGAUGAAUAAAAAAAUUAUGAAUUUGGUGAAACUUCAAUUAAAUAUUUUGACAUAAGUACAAGAUGGAAAUAUGAUAAAGAUAAGUUCUAUUAACCUUUAGCUAGAAUAAUUGUUAAUUGA